CAAACGCCGCAGCACACACAACGCGGCCAUCAUAUAAACCCCCUCGGCCGCCGGCGUCUCGACGGCCGCCACCGCCGCCGCCGACCACUCUCCUCCGCGUCCGCCUCGUCGCCGGCUAGGGUUCCACGGGUUCUUGCCCGCCCCGCCCGCCGCCCGCCUCGCGGGCUGCGCAGGCAAAAUGUCUCGGUAUGUUGACCCUAAUGACCGUUACGAACCACGUGGUCGUAACAGCAGGUUGUAUGUGGGCCAUAUUUCUCUACGUACAAGGGCAGAGGAUCUUGAGAACCUGUUCAGCAGAUAUGGGAGGGUGCGAUUUGUGGAUCUGAAGAAUGAAUAUGGCUUUGUUGAGUUUAGUGAUCCCCGGGAUGCAAAUGAUGCGAGGCUUGAUCUUGAUGGCCGAAAGUAUGAUGGGAGUGACAUCAUUGUUCAGUUUGCAAGAGGGGUCGAACGUGGUCUUGGAGGUUCUCGUGGAUAUAAAGCCAGACCCGCACAUGGUUCUGACCACUGCUUCAACUGUGGGAUGGAGGGGCACUGGCACCGUAACUGCACUGCUGGUGACUGGACAAAUAGGUGCUAUGGCUGUGGAGAGAGGGGUCAUAUAUUAAGGGAAUGCAAGAACAGCCCCAAGGAUCUCAAGCAAGAGAGAGGCUACUCAAGGUCCCGUUCACCUCGUCGCAGAAGGAGCCCAAGCUAUGGCAAGAGUGGACCCCCUUCUCAUUGGGGUAGCCAUGGUGCUGAUCGUGAGGAAAGGCUUCAUUCAAGAAGGGAUGGCCGCGGUUACAGCCGCAGCCCUCGGCGCCAUGAUUCGCCUUCCAAUCAGAGAAACCACAGCCCUAGGCGCUAUGCUUUACCCUCCAAUGAGAGAUAUGAUGGCACUAGGCGCUACGCCUCGCCUUCUUAUGGGAGAGACCGCAGUCCCGGGGGCAAUGCUUUGCCAGCCAAUGGGAGAAGCCACAACCUCACAUCAGAUGGCAUGAACCCUUCACCAAGGGAGAGAGAUGAUCAGAAUGGGAGCCACAGGAGAGGUGACAACGAUUACCUGCCCAGUAAGAGAGAUGAUCAGAAUGGGAGCUACAGGAGAGGUGACAGCGAUUACCUCUCCAGGGAGAGAGAUGAUUACCUGUCCAGGGGGAGAGAUGAUCAGAAUGGGAGCCACAGGAGAGGUGACAGCGAUUACCUGUCCCGCGACCGUUGAUGACAAACAAUGCCAUGGCCUUGAAUCUGCAACAGUCUUUUUGGUGUUGUGACUCUUGGAACAAACUCUCCUCCUGGAUGGUGAAUAUGUUUGACUGUUGAGACAUGAGAUUUCUUGGCUGGCUAAUUUUGACCGCACUCUGUAGUAUGUACACUGUAGUACCUUCACCUUGCCUGCACUCCGCAAACCUUUUAUGACCUGAUAUUGGUGUGGGAUUAACGAGGAUUUUAUCAGUUAGUCGCUGUCAGCGAAAUCUUCCUUUGUAUGCUUGUGCUAAAUCUUGGUUGGCUGUAAUCAUUAAUGACGUGUUACAUCAAAAUGGACAGGUUUUUAAGAAUUGAGAAAGUGCGCAAUUCAUCGGCAGAAACUGCAGCCGUGGAAUUGGAAUUGAUUCA